AUGGCAGCAAGUAGCCUCCGUUGCAUUGCAUUUACUUAUACGCAAAUUGAACCAGAAAAAGUUCAAUGCAACGAAGAUGAUUUGACAUUGCUUGGGAUUGUUGGCCUAAAGGAUCCCUGUAGACCAGGUGCAAAAAAGGCUAUCGAAUCUUGCAGAAUGGCUGGGGUGCAAAUCAAGAUGAUCACAGGAGAUAAUGUGUUUAUAGCAAGGGCCAUAGCCACAGAAUGUGGGCUACUUUCAUCUGAUCAAGAACAUGGUGUUGGCGAAGUUAUAGAAGGCUCCGAGUUCAGAAACUACACACCAGAUGAGAGAAUUCUCAAGGUCAAUAACAUUCUUAUAAUGGCGAGAUCGUUCCCAAUGGACAAGCUUAUGAUGGUACACUACUUGAAACAGAAAGGUCAUGUGGUAGCAGUAACCGGAGAUGGAACAAAUGAUGCACCAGCACUAAAAGAAGCUGAUGUAGGCCUUUCCAUGGGAAUUCAAGGCACUGAAGUAGCCAAAGAAAGCUUAGAUAUCGUUAUCUUGGACGAUGAUUUUGCAUCUGUGGCAACCGUAUUCAAAUGGGGUCGAUGCGUUUAUAACAAUAUCCAAAAAUUUAUUCAAUUUCAACUCACCGUCAAUGUUGCAGCCCUUGUUAUCAAUUUCAUUGCAGCAGUUUCUGCUGGUGAUGUUCCUCUAACCACGGUGCAACUUCUGUGGGUGAACCUCAUAAUGGACACAAUGGGGGCUCUUGCACUUGCGACAGAAAGACCAACAGAUGAGCUUAUGCAUAAACCCUCGGUAGGUCGAACUGAGCCUCUAAUCACAAAGAUUAUGUGGAGAAACCUCUUGGCAUAG